AGGAGGGAGUAGGGUUGAAAGACGCACACAUCUCCCACACAACUACCAUUCCAAGUUCCAACUUUCAACUCAGAAAAAAUAAAACCAUUUACAUUACUUUUUAACUAAAGAUAAUUUUUACCGGAUUAAAGAGUAUUAAAAGUAUAUUUUACUCCACCUCUAUGGCUCAAAAGGCAACAAAGUCUUCCGAAGAAGCCAAGCCCCGUCUGGCGGAGACAGCCAUGGUUAUUGCUUCAACAGCAGCUCCCGCUCCUUCCUGGUUCACGCCCAAGAGGUUACUUGUUAUCUUUUGCUUGAUUAACUUGAUAAAUUAUGUGGACCGAGGAACAAUAGCAAGCAAUGGUGUCAAUGGGAGCCGCACAACAUGUACAGAUAGUGGUAUAUGCACGGCUGGUACUGGGAUACAGGGGGAGUUUCACUUGAACAACUUUCAAGAUGGAGUUCUAUCAUCAGCUUUUAUGGUUGGACUUCUUAUUGCUUCUCCUGUAUUUGCAUCAUUAGCAAAGAGUGUAAGUCCCUUUAGGCUCAUUGGAGUUGGAUUAUCAGUUUGGACCUUUGCGAUAGUUGGUUGUGCUUGUUCAUUGGGUUUCUGGUCCAUUACUAUUUUCCGCAUGCUAGUUGGUGUUGGUGAAGCUUCAUUUAUUAGUCUUGCAGCUCCAUUCAUUGACGAUAAUGCCCCAGCUGCUCAGAAAACUGCGUGGCUUGCUAUAUUCUACAUGUGCAUACCAAGUGGAUAUGCACUUGGCUAUGUUUAUGGUGGGGUGGUUGGAAGUCACACCAAUUGGCGUUAUGCAUUUGUGGGGGAAGCAAUCCUUAUGCUACCAUUUGCUAUUCUAGGAUUUGUUAUGAAGCCUUUGCAGCUGAAAGGUUUUUUUCAUCCUGAAUCUAAAAAAGCAGUUACAGCAGUGGAAACGGCUGUUGAAGAAGUUCAAGGUGCUGAUACUUAUGGUAUUUCGAAUGGUAAAGGUGCUUCCUAUUCGAUGAAGAAGGAUAUGAGAAAUUCCACCUUACAAAAAUCUUCCAAGUCAAAGGUUGCAUCAAACAUAAAGAAUCAAAUAUCAAGGUUUUUGAAUGAUAUGAAGGUGCUGUUGGUGGAUAAGGUUUAUGUUGUGAAUGUUCUAGGUUACAUAGCAUACAACUUUGUCAUAGGUGCAUACUCAUAUUGGGGACCUAAGGCGGGAUAUAAUAUAUAUCAUAUGAAUGAUGCAGAUACGAUAUUUGGAGGUAUUACAAUCAUGUCCGGAAUAUUGGGCACACUAGCGGGAGGCUUUCUUCUGGAUUAUAUGACUAACACUAUCUCUAAUGCUUUUAAGCUUCUUUCAGCGGUAACGUUAAUUGGUGGUGCCUUUUGCUUCGGUGCCUUUUGCUUCAAGAAUAUGUAUGUUUUCCUAGCUCUUUUCGCAAUCGGUGAACUACUUGUCUUUGCAACUCAGGGUCCUGUAAAUUACAUUUGUCUCCACUGUGUUAAGCCUAGUAUGAGGCCGCUAUCUAUGGCUAUUUCUACUGUUUCAAUUCAUCUCUUCGGUGAUGUACCUUCCGCACCUCUUGUUGGAGUUCUCCAGGAUGCCAUUAACAACUGGAGGAAGACUGCUCUUAUUCUAACAGCUGUUUUCUUUCCAUCAGCUCUAAUAUGGUUUAUAGGAAUCUUUCUGCACAGCGUGGAUAGAUUUAACGAGGAAAGUGAGCAUCAGAUCACCACCAAAACCGAAAAGUCAAGCACAACGCCAUUGCUUGAAGGGAAGAAGAUGGAAACAACUGAAUCUGUUGCUGAACCAUGAGACAAGAUACUUUUCUUUUAUCUUUCGUUGCAACCAGUCACAUAUCCAGGCCUUGUUUAGUAGGUUGUUUUAGUUCUGUACAUACGGUCUCAAGUGCAGUAAUUUUCUUUUAAAAGUUCUACUUUCCAAUGCAUAUGUUCAUAUUUGUUCUUCAUUUUGAAUUUUUUAAGGUUGUACAAAAAUGCAUGUUAAUAACCCGACCAUUUUCUUGCCUUUGGCAUGUAUUUUCAAUUCGAUAAUUUGAACUCUAAACAUUCUCUUGUCCA